AUGUCUUCGUUCGAGUCUGUGGUCGUGAUCGAUGGCAAGGGCCACCUGCUUGGCCGCCUGGCCAGCAUCGUCGCCAAGCAGCUGCUCAACGGUCAGAAGAUCGUGGUCGUGCGUUGCGAGGCUUUGAACAUCUCCGGCGAGUUCUUCCGUGCGAAGCUCAAGUACCACGCCUACCUUCGCAAGAUGACCCGGUACAACCCCACCCGCGGCGGUCCCUUCCACUUCCGCGCUCCCUCCCGGAUCUUCUACAAGGCCGUCCGCGGCAUGAUCCCCCACAAGACCGCCCGCGGUGCCGCCGCCCUUGAACGCCUCAAGGUCUUCGAGGGCGUCCCUCCCCCGUACGACAAGAAGAAGAAGAUGGUUGUCCCCCAGGCUCUCCGUGUCCUCCGCCUGCAGCCCGGCCGCAAGUACUGCACUGUCGGCCGUCUCAGCCACGAGGUGGGCUGGAAGUACCAGGAUGUUGUUGAGAGGCUCGAGGAGAGGCGCAAGGCGAAGGGCGCUGCCUACUACGAGCGCAAGAAGCUGGCCGCGAGGCAGCUCUCCGAGGCGAAGAAGACGGCGAAGGUCGACACGAAGACGACCGAGGCUCUCAAGGCCUACGGCUACUAG